UCCUGGGCCAAGGAGCGGAGGAAGGGAAGCUCCGGCAGUAGAAAGCCUUCCCGAUGGCUGAGUUGGACCUGAUGGCUCCAGGGCCCCUGCCCAGGAUCACCGCUCACUCUCUGGUCCCUCUCAGCCCAGACUCUGGGUCAGCCAGCCCAGCAGAAGAAGAGGACAGGGGCUCUCCGGAGAGCCCCCCAGGGGAGGCUGAGGCGCCGGGUUCUGGCUCUGGUGGUGAGGGAGAGGAGGAGAUCCUGUGUGAUUUCUGCCUCGGGGCCCGCAGGGUGCAGGCGGUGAAGUCCUGCCUGACCUGUAUGGUGAAUUACUGCGAGGAGCACCUGCGGCCACACCAGGAGAACAGCAAACUGCACAGCCACCAGCUGACUGAGCCGGUGAAGGACCGGGACCUGCGCACCUGCCCUGCUCACCGCAGCCCGCUGGUGGCCUUCUGCCGCGCGGAUCGCCAGUGCAUCUGCCAGGAGUGUGGCCAGGGGGAGCACAAGGGCCACACCUCCGUGUCUCUGGAUGUGGCCCACAGGGACAAGGAGGCUGAGCUGCGGAGCACCCAGUUAGACCUGGAGCGGAAACUCAAGUUGAAUGAAAAUGCCAUUGCCAGGCUUCAAGACAAUCAUAAAUCUGUUUUGGUGUCAGUGUCGGAGGUGAAGAUGGUGGCUGAAGAGCAGUUUGGGGAACUCCUUGCGGCCAUGAGGAAGGCCCAGGCUGAUGUGAUGCUCUUCUUGGAGGAGAAGGAGCAAGCUGCUCUGAGCCAGGCCAGUGGCAUCAAGACACACCUGGAGCACCGGAGUGCGGAGAUGGAGAAGAGCAAGCAGGAGCUGGGGAGGAUCGCUGCCAUCAGCAACACUGUCCUGUUCCUGGAGGAGUACUGCAAGUUCAAGAACACGGAGGACGGUGCCUUCCCCAGCGUUUACAUAGGACUCAAGGACAAACUCUCGGGCAUUCGUAAGGUCAUCACAGACUCCACUGCACAUCUAGUCCAGCUGCUGCACAACUAUAAGGAAAAGCUCCAGGAGUUCGCGAAGGAAGAGGAGUAUGACAUCAGAACUCAAGUGUCAGCUGUUGUUCAGCGCAAGUAUCGAACCGCAAAACCUGAACCCAGCACCAGGCAACAGUUCCUCCAAUAUGCAUGUGACAUCACAUUUGACCCUGACACGGCGCACAGGUAUCUCCGGCUGCAGGAGGACAAUCGCAAAGUCACCAACACGACGCCCUGGGAGCAUCCCUACCCGGACCUCCCCAGCAGGUUUCUGCACUGGCGGCAGGUGCUGUCCCAACAGAGCCUGUACCUGCACAGGUACUAUUUUGAGGUGGAGAUCUCUGGGGCAGGCACCUAUGUUGGCCUGACCUGCAAAGGCAUCGACCGGAAAGGGGAGGGGCGAAACAGUUGCAUCUCUGGCAACAACUUCUCCUGGAGCCUGCACUGGAACGGAAAGGAGUUCACAGCCUGGCACAGCGACACGGAGACCCCGCUCAAAGCCAGCCCUUUCCGGAGGUUGGGGAUCUAUGUCAACUUCCCAGGAGGGAGCCUCUCCUUCUACGGUGUGGAGCCGGACGCCAUGACGCUGGUUCACAAGUUUGACUGCAAGUUUUCAGAGCCAGUGUACCCAGCCUUCUGGCUUUCCAAGAAGGAAAACACCAUCCGGAUUGUGGAUCUGGGAGAGGAGCCGGAGAAGCCAGCGUCCAGCUCCGCAGGGGCUGCUCUGUAGACUCCAGGUCCACACUCCAAACGUGUGCUAACCACAGGGCAGCAACUGGCCUUCGGAGAGCGGCCUGGGGACAGAAAUCUCUGCCAGUGGUCGCUGGCUUUAGAAAGCAUGUGGUCUGUGGAUGACAAGAGUCUCUGGCUUCUGCUUUUGCUCCAUGCUGUGCUGUUCUUUGUGUUUGUAGUCAUGUUCAGGUGAAAGUCCCCUGUGAGUGACACUUGAAUCUUCCAUCUGUCUACUCAGGUGAUCAGCACAGUAUGCUCAGAACUAUUAACCCAGAAUCUUCAGAGAGAUAAAAAAGAUCACAGUGUAAUCGCAAUAAACUGCUAACUUUAUUACCCAUUUCCCAUGUUCCGCUGUUUUGAGUGCUUCCAGUACAUCAACCCAGCGACCCCCAUGGCACUCAUCGUAGCCCCAAUUUGGGGAAACUGUGGUGCAGGGGUGAUAGUUAACUCGCUCAGUGUCACUGUGGUCACAUGGUGAGUGACAGAACUGGGGUUCAAACUUGGAGAGCUGAUAUUAAACCUUUAACCACUAUACCAUUCUGCUUUCCUCAUUAGAUCAUGGGGGUUGUGUUUAAGGGAAUAAACCACAUGAUGAACUGCACACAUGGAGACAGAGUUUACAAAUCUCUUUGCAGCCCCCACAUCCGAUGGGGCUAUGCAGCUGUGCAGCAGAAAGCUCACUCAGCCAUGUUGGGGACAGCAAGGAUCAUAAGAAAUGUGUUAGUGGAGUCCAAGGCUUAGACCCCAUGACCUCUGGGGGAGGCCUCAUUCCUCUCUUCUGAAGUCACCUGGAGUAUGUGGACUUGUCUGCUUUCUCAUUCCAAAGACAGUUCUUCAAGCAUUUAAGGGUGAUUCUCACAACACAUCCUCCCGGAAAGCUUUCCACACUACAUUUCUCAUU